CCGUUGUAACCGGCAGUAGGCGGCAGUGCUGGAACUUCAUGUCCCAAAAAUCUUCGCGGUGGUCAAGUCCCACACUUCGUGGAUACACGCUGACAGCUGCUCGGGACCAUGCCUCGGGCCCGGAGAGCCAACUUAUCCUCCAAGAAGGGUAACGGAGGCCGCGGCUCUCUGAGACAGGAGCUGCUCCAGCUGAAGGUUUCGGAUAAACUGAACCAGCUAAAAGGUUCUCGACCAGGCGCUCGUGCCGACUCCGAGGCCAGUGAAGAUGAGGCAGCCAGUGAAAUUCUCAGUCACUGCAGCAGUGCCAGCGAAACGGUCAGCUUGGCAGAGGAGGGCUCAGGAAGUGAUGUACUUGAUAACCAAGCCCAGCAAGAUCAGCGGGAGGAUAAGCUGAGAGAGGAUAUAGAUAACCUAAUGGACAAGAGUAUAAAGACCAGACAGGUUGCAUUGAGUAACUUGCGCCUUGCUUUAUCCUCGCACACCUUGGGGGACUUUCUGAUGGAGAGACGUGUCACCUUCACUGAUGCUCUGGAACGCUGCCUAAAGAAAGGUAAAGAGGAGGAACAGUCUCUAGCGGCCACCGUGCUGUCUCUGCUCUGCAUACAGCUUGGUUCUGGACCUGAGGGGGAAGAGGUCUUUCGCUGUCUGAAGCCGCUGCUUAUCAGCAUCCUAACAGACUCCAGUGCAGGAGUGUCCGCUCGUCAGAGUUGUGCUGCGUCUCUAGGUCUGUGCUGCUAUAUUGCUGCUGCUGAUGUAGAGGACCUCAUUAAUAGUGUUUGCUGCCUCGAGGGGAUUAUCUCUUCAUAUAAUUCAGACUGUGGUACAGCCAACACUGCACUACAUAGUCUCCUAUGCUGUGCCAUCCAGUCCUGGGCGCUGCUUCUUACCGUGUGCCCAGCUAGCCGCAUCCAGAAAAUAUUGGAGAGCCACCUACCUCGUUUGCCUGGAAUGCUGUCUAGUGAGAACGUGAACCUACGCAUUGCAGCUGGCGAGUGUCUCGCGCUGCUGUACGAGCUUGCUCGGGAUCUUGAUGAAGAUUUCUUUUAUGAAGACACAGAUGCUCUAUGUGUGACAUUGAAAAAAUUAGCCACGGACAGCAAUAAAUACCGGGCGAAAACUGACCGACGCAAGCAGCGGUCUAUCUUCAGGGAUGUCCUACACUACGUAGAGAGUGGUGAGUUCCAGGAGGAGACCAUCAAGUUUGGUCUAGAGGUGAUGUAUGUGGACAGCUGGACACGUAGAAGAACUUACAGCUCCUUCAAAGAAGCCCUUGGCUCUGGAAUAAGAUUUCACUUGCAGUAUAAUGAAGUUCUGCGUGAUAUAUUCUCCCUGGGCUCACCACUUGUGUUGGAUGCAGCCGCUAUCAAGGCCAGUAAAAUCUCCAGAGUAGAGAAGCACAUGUUUAACUCAGCUGCCUUCAAAGCCAGAACGAAAGCACGGAACCGAGUUCGGGACAAGCGGGCCGAUGUCCUCUAAUGGAAGCGAUCACUGAAGCCACCCACUUUGUUUCAAUGACUUUCUCUCUGUUGAUGCCAGCUCCUGUAGAACUAGAAAAGACACAGCAGACAAUGCUGUUGGCGUGAUUGAAAUAAUGACAGCAGGAGUUGUUUUAUCACGACGUUUUAAUUGGAAUGUAUCACUGUGCGGUGCGUACAAGUUUCUCAGACGGACAUUGUUGCUUGUGCAAUAAGUCGCAGGAUCCUUCAGGGAAGUUUUUAAAAAGUGACCUCCUUCGUCUGCUCCGAAUGGUGCUUCGCAGAUCACUCUGCUACUUCUUCCCUGAGCCCUUUGGGGCGCAUUAACCACUUACUUUACAAUCUAAUCUUAAAAGUAUGACAGUCCCUCCCCCAUUUCCCUCUUAAAACGACUGAUCACCCACUUACUAAUGCCUUUUUUACUUGUACAGAACCCAAAAUUUGAAUUUUUAACUACUCUC